GGGGGGCCGCAGACCAAGCCUGAGGGGGGCCCAUGUGCCCCAACUGGGGGCACCACAUGCUCUGGCUGGGGAGCGUGGCGGGCCUGGGUCCUGGCAGGCCAUGGCAGCAGCAGCAGCAGCAGGAGGAGGAGCAGGAAGGGAUGGAGGCAGGGCGGGCGGCAGGAGCGACUGCCGCCUUAGCGCUUCCUGCCCAAGCCAGGCGGAUCCCACAAAGGGCUCGGCAGCACAGACUCUUUGUGCUCCCCGCUGGCCGCACGGCCAUGGCUGGCAUCAGCUCCAUCGAUGCCGUCAAGAAGAAGAUCCAGAGCCUACAGCAGGUGGCUGAUGAGGCGCAGGAGCGCGCCGAGCACCUGCAGCGGGAGGCCGAUGCCGAGCGGCAGGCCCGGGAGCAGGCUGAAGCUGAGGUGGCUUCUCUGAACCGCCGCAUCCAGCUGGUGGAGGAGGAGCUGGACCGGGCCCAGGAGCGCCUGGCCACCGCCCUGCAGAAGCUGGAGGAGGCUGAGAAGGCAGCGGAUGAGAGCGAGAGAGGCAUGAAGGUCAUCGAAAACAGGGCCAUGAAAGAUGAGGAGAAGAUGGAGCUCCAGGAAAUGCAGCUGAAGGAGGCCAAGCACAUAGCGGAAGAGGCUGACCGCAAAUACGAGGAGGUCGCCCGCAAGCUGGUUGUCCUUGAGGGAGAGCUAGAGCGCUCGGAGGAGAGGGCAGAGGUUGCGGAGAGCCGAGUGAGACAGCUGGAGGAGGAGCUGCGGACCAUGGACCAGACCCUCAAAUCCCUCAUUGCCUCAGAGGAAGAGUAUUCCACCAAGGAGGACAAGUAUGAGGAGGAAAUCAAGCUCCUAGGGGAAAAACUGAAGGAGGCAGAGACCCGGGCAGAGUUUGCUGAGCGGUCUGUGGCGAAGCUGGAGAAAACCAUUGAUGACUUAGAAGAGAGUCUGGCCAGUGCCAAAGAGGAGAAUGUGGGCAUCCACCAGGUCCUGGACCAGACCUUGUUGGAGCUGAACAACCUCUGAGCUGCCUGGGGAGCCCCCGCCCCUCUUCCCUACCCUACACGUGCACUCCACUGGCACGCUCAGGAUGUCAUCAGCUGAACUGCAUCUUGGCCAAAUCCACACAUCUGUUGAGAAGGGAAGCCCUGCAGCCUUACGCUGUGGCUCGAGGGGCGUCUUGUCUGUGCACAGCCCGAACGGCUCUGUCCUGUCUUCAUGUCCAAAUAUUAAAGCAGUUUGACAAGAA